AUGCACAACGUGUCAGCUCGCACGACAAGACAAUUGUGUAAUUCGACAAAACUAAAGUUCAAGGUAAACUAGUAGCAGUACGUAGCAUUUGAACAUUUGCUACUUACAACUGGUGGAUAUUGUGUUCUGCCCAGAAGGUGUCUGUAUAAAGCCAGAGCUUCAACAGAAAAAAUGGGAGAGUGGGGAUUCCUGUCGUCGCUGCUGGACAAGGUGCAGUCGCACUUCACGGUCAUUGGAAAGGUUUGGAUGACCGUCCUGUUUAUCUUCAGGAUCAUGGUCCUCGGAGCAGGGGCGGAGAAGGUGUGGGGUGAUGAGCAGUCCAAUAUGAUUUGCAAUACCAAACAGCCCGGCUGUAAGAACGUGUGCUACGACCACGCCUUCCCCAUCUCCCACAUCCGCUUCUGGGUCCUUCAGAUCAUCUUCGUCUCCACCCCAACGUUGGUGUACCUGGGACAUGUCAUGCACGUCAUCCACAAGGAGAACAAACUGAGGCAAUGGCUGAGUCAGGCAGGCAAUGAGAUGGGGAAAAUGCCUAAGUAUUCUGAUGAGAAGGGUCAUGUCAAAAUCAAAGGUGAAUUGCUGGCUAGUUACACAGUCAAUAUAUUCUUCAGGAUUCUGCUUGAGAUAGCUUUUAUAGUGGGUCAGUAUUACUUGUAUGGGUUUAUUCUGGACCCCAAAAUUGAAUGCAGCAGAGCUCCCUGUCCGUUCACUGUAGAAUGUUUCAUGUCACGACCAACAGAGAAGACCAUCUUCAUCAUCUUCAUGCUGGUGGUGGCUUGUGUAUCUCUGCUGCUGAAUGUGGUGGAAAUAUUUUAUCUGAUAUGCUCUAAGUGUGGCUCUGGCUCAAGAAGACGAGCCCAUGAAGUCCCAGCCAUCGCAAUGCGCAGCUGUCUGGAUGGGGGCAGUACUGCCUGA